UAUAAUUUUUAUAUCGAAAUAUUGUUGGUUUUUCUAUGUUUAAGUGUUGAAAUAAUUAUUUUAUGGAAUAUUCUCCAACAUUUACACCAUAACCCCAAAUACUUUUCAAAUUAACAACAUGGCAACUCACGUGGUGGAUGAUUUUUCCGAAGAAGAAGACCAAUUAAUCGAAGAAGAUGGCAUGAAAGUGGAGAAUCUAAGUGAUGAGGAAGACCUGAAGCCUUCUAAGCCCGAUGAUGUGUUGUUUCCUACUGAAUUAAGGUACCACAACAUAAAAAACAAACAAGUUCGAAGUCAACAAUAUUUGAAGGCUAAAAAGGAAGCUAAAAAGGCUAAAAAAGCAUUAAAAGCUAAACAAAAAACUGAAGGGGUGCCUAAAAAAGUCCCACAUACAUUAGAUUCACUUCGAGAAAAAGAUGAAACCACUAUUGAUGAUAUUACAACAGAAGAAAAUGAAGUUAUUAAAGCAGAUUUAGACAACGACGAGUUUUCCACUUACUACCAGAAUGAAUAUGAACCAAAAGUGUUGAUUACUUACUCAGAUAAUCCAACAAAAAAAACUCGUAUAUUUGGACGUGAAUUAACCCGUAUCAUUCCGAAUUCCUCCAGUUACUACCGAAAUCGGUCCGGUGUAAAGAAAAUCGUCAAAAGUGCGCUCAAUGAAAACUUCACAGAUAUUGUUAUUGUAAACGAAAACCGCAAGGAACCCAAUGGUUUACUUGUCAUUCAUUUACCAGAUGGACCCACAGCACACUUCAAAUUGAGUAAUGUAAGGAUCACAACUGAAAUGCGGAAAAAUUACAGACACAUCAGUGCACAUAGACCUGAAGUGGUCUUGAAUCAAUUUACAACUCGGUUGGGUUUAGGAAUUGGGCGAAUGUUGGGUGCUUUGUUUCAUUACAGUCCUGAAUUUCAAGGACAAAGAUGCGUCACGUUUCAUAAUCAACGAGAUUUUAUUUUUUUCAGGCAUUACAAAUACAAUUUUGAUAAAGAAGGGAAAAGAACAAAUUUGAAAGAAUUAGGUCCAAGAUUUACGCUAAAGUUAAAAUCUCUACAAAAAGGUACUUUUGAUAGUAAAUAUGGGCAGUAUGAGUGGAUUAUUGAUGGCAAACGACAUAAAAUGGAAACUAGCAGGAGGAGAUUCUUUUUGUAGACGUUAUUAUUCAAUAAAUAUGAAAUUUUUCAUCA